CACUCUUGAAGUAGUUGGUGCAGUAACACGUUAUCACCCGCCACCUACCACGCGACCUAAACACGCUGCAUUCAACGCCAUAGAAGAUGAACCGAAUAUUUGUACUACAGAUUUUAUUUACCCUGGCAAACGGAGCUAGCCAACAGAGAUAUGGUGAAACAAAUCAGUACCCCACAUACACAACAGUAGCCAGUCUGUACAACGAAAAUCAGUUUCCCUACAAAACAAGCUAUGGCAGUGAUGUUGCCUCAUUCCCGGAAGCUACUAGGUAUCCCAACUAUAACUCCGCAUACUCGACUGUAACCCCUUAUCCAUAUAACUCAGCUGGAUCGAAUAUCAACUAUCAAUCAGGUUACACGACGCCUAGCUACGGAUCGGAUCAAAGCUAUGGUUAUGGUCAAGGCUACAGUGGCCAGUCCUACGGCCAAGGAGUCAGCACAUAUGAGAUGCCAUUCAUGAAGUACAACGAGGGAUACUGUGUUAACCGAUCUCCGCAGAACGGUAUCUGGGUGGACAGCCUGACCGGUAUGUGGUACGGAGUGGAAUUUAUCCAGCAUCUCGCUGGUGAUGCCAGAGUGGAUUACGACAGGACAUGUAUCGUCAUACACAUAUCCGAACCAGCUGAUCAACCGAACACAGAGAAUCCGCCUCACCACGUCCAGCACAUGACGGCUCGCUUUCAUCAGGAGUUCAGAAAUCUGCGACUUCUGUGGGACGAAGCUGGUCAGACUAUUGAAUACGCCAUGUACUUUAGGAACGAUUCCGCGGGAUAUUGGCAAGUGUUCCACGGACAGAACGGAACAUUAACUAUAAGACCUAACUACCAACAGUUCGACGGAACAGUUCAGGUUUUAAAGGCCGUGAACGAUCACCUCGUCCUUAACUUCUGUCAAGAGGCAUCCAAUGGAAGACCAGCUCAGCUCUACACAGUUCUAUUCUCCAGAGAACCAGGCGCGAUGCUGAGGUGGGAAAUAGAAUCAGUACACGCUUUACUCCAGAAUAAGAAGCUGUCAGUCGCUUCCAGGAGAAUGGUCUGCGGAAAUGGCGCCGAGAAACCAAUACUGAGUGUACUUUUUUCGUUAACAUCUUGUGUGUUUGUGUUCGUAGUAAGAUCAUCUUAAAUUUUCAUUCCAAAUUUAAUAUUUGUUUUACAACAUUAUUUAUUUUGCUUUAUAUUAGUUUUCUAAACUCAUGUGUAAGAAAUUAACUGCAAAGAUAACAUUUUAUAUGUACGUUAAACCCAUAUUCCGUCCUUGUUUAAUGUAAGGAAGAAACAAUGUCUUAAUUUUAUACUUCUCAUCCUAGGUGUCUCACAAUGUUCAUGUGUAUUUGCAAAUUUCUUGACUUGUUGGAUGUAUUUUCAUCAAAUUACAAUAUUUUUAAGCGAGAUUUUUAUAUGAAAGUGCCAAUAAGAUUUUUUUAGAAUAAGACCAAGAGAGUAAUGAACAUUUUGAUAAUAUUAUGAAAAAAUAAAGAACUUAAUUAUACUGUGUAAGAGAGAGUAAGUGCUGGAAUUAAUAUAUUUGUUUCUAAUUAAGAUACUUGUUUAUAAUUUUAUAUAUGACUAUUUGAUUAUGUAAUUAAAUAAUUUUUUUAUGA